CUGCAUCACCAAUCUCGAGCCCAUGCCUCGAGAUUCCAAUAUUUUUUAAUUUCCAUUCAAGAGGGAAUUUGGGACUUAAAUGAAUGGCAAAACCCAGAGAAUGUUGGAUUUCUACUAGGGAAACAAAGAAUUCCUCUCUCUCUCUCUCUCCUAGUAUUUUCUUCUUUUUGUGCCAACUCUAUUUAUAGUUUUAUUACUAUUCUUUUAACAACGCAAUAAACACACUUACAGACAACAAUUCCUAUAAAGCUCAAAAGAAGAUCCGAACACACGCGCGUAGCACCCAUAUCUAGACCAUUUGAUGACUUACUAUCAAAGAAUUUUGUUCCGGAUUUCUGAAUUUUAAUUGCUAUUUUUUUUCUUAGCUUGCUUUUGAUUUCAAAUCCUCGGAGCAGCAGAAUAGAAAAUUCUUUCUUCCAUCAUUUUCUAGGCAAUUGCAUGAUUGAAAUACUAUGAAUUUUCGAAUUCUCUCCUCCUUUGAGUUUAUCUAGAAAUAGUUUAUUUUCUGUUUAGUUUCUUAACGUUUAUAUAUUCUUUUUUUUUUUAACUUUGCUGAACCAGAGUGGCAGGCAUGUUAGUUCUCUCUUUAUUACCGAAUCUCUGGUCUUUUUCUUGGGUCUGACAGAGUGUGUGAGUGAGUGAUUUUCUGGCAUGGGAAGCAUGAGGCCUUCUUGUUGUUGGCUCUGAUGUAAACCUUACCUAAACCCGAAGAAACCCAACUCAAGAUUUAUUCUUUUGACUCCAUCAAACAACUCCUACUUGCUCCCUACCAGUUCUCUAUAUCACUGGAAGCAGGUUUUGGCACCUGGAUAUCUGGUUUGUAAACCUCUAGUUCAAUGGGAACCAUGAAAAGGGAUGUUGUUUUAUGUCUCGUGGUUCUGCUCUGGCUUUGGAGUCCUUCAAGUUGUCUGCUGUCUCCCAAAGGCGUUAACUUUGAAGUGCAAGCUUUAAUGGGUAUAAAAGCUUCUUUGGUGGAUCCUCAUGGUGUUCUUGAUAAUUGGGACGGAGACUCUGUCGACCCUUGCAGUUGGACCAUGGUCACUUGUUCCCCUCAGAGUCUAGUGACUGGACUAGGGACUCCAAGCCAAAAUUUAUCUGGUACUCUUUCUCCAAGUAUAGGGAACUUGACAAAUCUCCAGAUUGUGCUCUUACAGAACAACAACAUAUCGGGGCCUCUUCCCCCUGAGCUUGGGAGACUCUCAAAACUGAGAACUCUUGACCUUUCCAAUAACUUCUUUUCUGGUGAAAUUCCCACUUCGCUAGGCCACAUGAAAAGUCUUCAAUACCUGAGGCUUAACAAUAAUAGUUUAUCUGGAGCAAUUCCUUCGUCUUUGGCCAACAUGACCCAGCUUGCCUUUCUGGACUUGUCAUAUAAUAAUUUGAGUGGACCUGUUCCCAGGUUUCCUGCUAGAACAUUCAACAUCGUGGGAAACCCUCUGAUUUGUCCAACAGGCUUAGAGAAAGACUGCUACGGGACGACACCUGUGCCACUUUCCUUCACUUUAAAUAGUUCACAAAGUACUCAACCUUCAGGAAGACUGAGAACUCAAAAAGUAGCUCUUGCUUUUGGAUUGAGCCUAGGCUGUGUUUGCCUGCUUAUUGUUGGAUUUGGAUUUCUUCUUUGGUGGAGGCAAAGACACAACCAGCAGAUAUUCUAUGAUGUCAAUGAUCAACAUCACGAAGAAGUUUGCCUUGGAAACUUGAAGAGAUUCCAAUUCAGGGAGCUUCAGAUUGCAACCAACAACUUCAGCAGCAAAAACAUACUUGGAAAGGGUGGUUUUGGGAAUGUUUACAAGGGAUCUCUCCAAGAUGGGACCAUUGUGGCUGUAAAGAGGCUGAAAGAUGGAAAUGCCAUUGGAGGGGAGAUCCAAUUUCAGACUGAAGUUGAAAUGAUCAGCCUAGCAGUACACCGCAACCUCCUCAAGCUCUGUGGAUUUUGCAUGACACCAACAGAAAGGCUUUUAGUUUAUCCUUACAUGUCCAAUGGGAGCGUAGCGUCACGUCUAAAAGGAAAGCCAGCAUUGGAUUGGGCAACUAGGAAGAGAAUAGCCCUGGGAGCUGCAAGAGGUCUAUUAUACCUUCAUGAGCAGUGCGAUCCAAAGAUAAUUCACAGGGAUGUGAAGGCUGCCAACAUAUUGCUUGAUGACUACUGUGAGGCUGUAGUAGGAGACUUUGGAUUGGCAAAGCUUUUGGAUCACCAGGACUCACAUGUGACAACAGCUGUGCGGGGAACUGUGGGGCACAUAGCCCCUGAGUAUCUCUCCACCGGCCAGUCCUCAGAGAAGACAGAUGUCUUUGGGUUUGGAAUUCUCCUCCUCGAACUAAUUACGGGUCAGAGAGCUCUAGAAUUUGGCAAAGCAGCAAAUCAGAAAGGAGCCAUGCUUGAUUGGGUGAAGAAGAUUCACCAAGAAAAGAAGCUUGAUAUGCUUGUUGACAAGGAUCUGAAAGACAAUUAUGACCGAAUCGAACUGGAGGAAAUGGUUCAGGUGGCGCUAUUAUGCACCCAAUACCUUCCAGGACACAGACCUAAGAUGUCUGAAGUUGUUCGAAUGCUUGAAGGUGAUGGGCUUGCUGAGAGAUGGGAAGCUUCCCAGAGAGCUGAAACAACAAAGUGCAAACCCCAUGAAUUCUCCUCAUCAGAGAGAUACUCUGAUCUAACCGAUGACUCUUCAUUACUUGUCCAAGCAAUGGAACUCUCAGGCCCAAGGUGAAUUACUUGGCAUUGACAAAAGGAAAAGAAAAAAAAAAAAAUUCAACCAGUAGUGAAACAAAUGAUAAUAAGGAAGAAUUCCAUUAUUCUAGCUGUCUAGAAGAAUCUGGCGUACAUCAAGAGAGUUUGUUGUAUAGUAGUGAAAGUGGUAUAUUAAAGCUUUCAAAGGAUUGCGAUAUGUACAGGAUGGGAUUUAAGAGACUGACAUUAUUUAGAUGGAGUUUUCCGUUUGCUUUUUCCCUCAGUUGAGUGAAAGAAUCUUCUUUGGGGGAAUAUGCAAUUAGGGUCAUGAGAUUGAAAGAAUAAUUUCUUGACAUGGGUUUUGUUUGUUUCCUUAAAAUUUCAAGCCAAAAGAGAGAUAUGAUAGGAGUUUAUGAGUAUGGAGAGUAUGUACCAUAUACAUUUAUAAUUUUUUAUAUGAAAUUCCAUCUUCAAGGUUUGUUAUUGGCGUUA